GCGUCUCCUCCAGCAUCUGCCGCGGCCGCGUUUGCCCGGAGCCUGACCGACGGACAGAUCGUCUGGCGGACGGGCUUGGGAGCUCGCCUUGUGCUCGGGGCCAGCUCCAGCGAAGCUCGGGGCUUGCAGCACGCGCUUCCCCGCCCGCUCGCGGCCACCCCGGCUCCGGCGGCCUCGGCGCGCGAGGGGCUGGAGGUGCGGGAGCCGCUCUCCGCAGGUCGGUCCUUGCGCUGCUCAGCCCCGACCGCUGCGCUGCGCCGCGGCCCCCGAGCGGCGUCCCUGAGCCCCAGCUCCCCGCCGUGCUGCUCCGAGCGACGGUGCUCAGGGGCUCCAAACUCGGGCUGCCGGGGCAAGUGUCUUCAUGAACCCAGAGGAUGUCCGGGAAGCAUUACAAGGGUCCUGAAGUCAGUUGUUGCAUCAAAUAUUUCAUAUUUGGCUUCAAUGUCAUAUUUUGGUUUUUGGGAAUAGCAUUUCUUGGAAUUGGACUGUGGGCGUGGAAUGAAAAAGGAGUUCUGUCCAACAUCUCUUCCAUCACCGAUCUUGGCGGCUUUGACCCAGUUUGGCUCUUCCUCGUGGUAGGAGGAGUGAUGUUCAUUCUGGGAUUUGCUGGGUGCAUUGGAGCUCUACGGGAAAACACUUUCCUUCUCAAGUUUUUUUCUGUAUUCCUGGGAAUUAUUUUCUUCCUGGAGCUCACUGCCGGGGUUCUGGCAUUUGUUUUCAAAGACUGGAUCAAAGACCAGCUGUAUUUCUUUAUAAACAACAACAUCAGAGCGUACAGGGAUGACAUUGAUUUGCAAAACCUCAUAGACUUCACCCAGGAAUAUUGGCAGUGCUGUGGGGCUUUUGGAGCUGAUGAUUGGAACCUAAAUGUUUACUUCAAUUGCACAGAUUCCAAUGCAAGUCGAGAGCGAUGUGGCGUGCCCUUCUCCUGCUGCACUAAAGACCCCGCAGAAGAUGUCAUCAACACUCAGUGUGGCUAUGAUGCCAGGCAAAAACCAGAAGUCGAUCAGCAGAUUGUAAUCUACACGAAAGGCUGUGUGCCCCAGUUUGAGAAGUGGUUGCAGGACAACUUAACCAUUGUGGCUGGUAUUUUCAUAGGCAUUGCAUUGCUACAGAUUUUUGGGAUCUGCCUGGCCCAGAACCUGGUGAGUGAUAUUGAAGCUGUCAGGGCUAGCUGGUAGAGUGCCUGCAACAGCUGCCUCCAGACACUGGACAGACCCCGCCUUCCUGACCCUCCAGUGCGCCCAACUGAUACCCAUGCUGCACGGACCCUAAUCACAGAGGCAUCCUGCGAUCCCACCUGAUGGAGCUGCCAUCAGAACUUAGUUUUUGGGGGGUAGAACUGGGAAAUGCUGCUCACUGACAGAAUUAAAAAUUAACCAGUAUGAAAGUCGUUGCGCCGUGAAUGUCUAUUGUAGCCAUGAAUUUCUGGGUGGUUGGAUACUCACCAGAUGA